GCGGAAGUGGCUGGGGAGCUGGGGGGCCCCCCGAGGGGGCGGUCCCCGUUCCUCCUCCUAGCCGGAUGUUUGCCGAGCUUUGACAGGCGUGGCAGAGGGAGCCUUGCCGGAGCGCGGUUUCUCUUCCGGUUCUUUUGCAGGGAACAGCCUUAGCCAUGGAUCCUCUCUCGGAACUGCAAGAUGAUCUGACCUUGGAUGAUACCAGCCAAUCUCUGAACCAGUUGAAGCUAGCCUCCAUUGAUGAGAAGAACUGGCCUUCUGAUGAAAUGCCAGACUUUCCCAAGUCAGAUGACUCUAAAAGCAGCUCUCCAGAACCUGUCACACACCUGAAGUGGGAUGACCCUUACUAUGACAUCGCCCGCCACCAGAUUGUGGAAGUAGCAGGUGAUGAUAAAUAUGGGCGGAAGAUCAUUGUCUUUAGCGCUUGUCGAAUGCCCCCUAGCCAUCAGCUGGACCACAGCAAGCUCUUGGGGUACUUGAAACACACCCUGGACCAGUAUGUGGAGAGUGACUACACACUGCUCUACCUGCACCACGGCCUGACCAGUGACAACAAACCCUCCCUCAGCUGGCUGCGGGAUGCCUACCGGGAGUUUGACCGCAAGUACAAGAAAAACAUCAAGGCCUUGUACAUUGUGCACCCAACCAUGUUCAUCAAAACCCUGCUUAUCCUCUUCAAGCCCCUCAUCAGUUUCAAGUUUGGACGGAAGAUCUUCUAUGUGAAUUACCUGAGUGAGCUGAAUGAGCAUGUGAAGCUGGAGCAGCUGGGGAUUCCUCGCCAAGUGCUCAAGUAUGACGACUUCCUCAAAUCCACACAGAAGAGCCCUGGGACGGCUCCCAAGCCCAUGCCACCACGCCCUCCGCUGCCAAAUCAGCAGUUUGGGGUGUCACUGCAGCACCUCCAGGAGAAGAACCCGGACCAGGAGCCCAUUCCUAUUGUGCUCAGGGAGACGGUUGCCUACUUGCAGGCUCACGCUCUCACAACUGAGGGCAUCUUCCGGAGGUCGGCCAACACCCAGGUUGUACGGGAAGUGCAGCAGAAAUACAACAUGGGGCUGCCCGUGGACUUUGACCAGUACAAUGAGCUGCACCUGCCAGCAGUCAUCCUCAAGACCUUCCUUCGGGAGCUUCCUGAGCCCUUGCUAACCUUUGACCUCUACCCCCACGUUGUGGGCUUCCUCAAUACUGACGAAAGCCAGAGAGUGGAGAUGACAGAGCAGGUUCUCCAGACUCUGCCAGAGGAGAACUAUCAGGUGCUUCGCUUCCUGACGGCCUUCCUGGUGCAGGUAUCUGCCCACUCUGACCAGAACAAGAUGACCAACACUAACCUGGCUGUAGUCUUCGGCCCUAACCUGCUGUGGGCCAAGGAUGCUGCCAUCACUCUCAAGGCCAUUAAUCCCAUCAACACCUUCACUAAGUUCCUCCUGGAUCAUCAAGGGGAGUUGUUCCCCAACAACACAGAUGCCCAGGGUGUCUGAGCUCAGCCCCCACCUCCAGCCCCUUCUCUGGCAGCCCCAGUUGGACUUGGCCUCCUGGUAGUAACCUUAUUGGAGUCCGGGGCUCCUGCCUAGGAAGGGGCCCUGAAGCCCCAGGAGAUGGAAGUUGGAGCCCACUAACUGGGCAGUCCCUCCUCUCCCUCUGCCCAGCCCACCUCACCAGCCCUGGAGGCCUCUGUUAUCGUAAGACAUUUUCUUUGCCUUAUACCUCUCACUGCCUCUUUGGUUGCUGGGCUUUCCAGACUGGGCUUGGCUCUUCUAGGAUUGAGCCCCAGUAACCCCUCCCCCUUUUCCUGCCUGUUUCCCUGGCAACUGUAGAAGACUAAAUCACUGCCGGCUGUGCUGGUAUGGGGGCUGGUCCUCUCUUUCCUGAUUGCUAGGAAGUGGGACAGCUGAGCUCCUUGGCUUGGGCUGGCUGUGCUAAGGUACCUCCCUUUCUGGUCAGUUGCUAUGCUUUAUAGAAGUGAGUUUUGGCCUGGGUACAAGUUCCCUAUGUCUGCCCUUCCUACUAAUAGGGAUGACAAGACCAGAGCUGGCUUGUCUCUUCUGCCUUCUGGGUCUGUUCCUCCCCAAGUGGUACUGCCCCCAGUGUGUCCUAUCCCCCAUUUCUGCCACACUUGGCAUCCUAGACAGCAGAACCCAGAAUCUGAGCAGCUGUUGAAACGGUCCUCUCCCGGGAGAGUUCCAGUGUCGAGUAGUAUCAGUGACAGCAGCCCUGGCCCUCCAUGUCUUCUUUCCGUUCUCAUGUGCACGGAUCCUCAGCCAGUGGCUAUGGUGGGACUUUCUGGUGUGGAGUCCCUCUGGUCCCUGUUGUGGCUAGAGGGGCCACUGCUUCAGAAUCUAUGGUGGCUCUCACGUCCUGCCUGGGUACUCUUGGAGGGCAGGAGCUCAGAAGCCCCUAAGAGGGACAGAGGUUUUACUAAUAAAUCACCCUGCCAGGAAGGUUCUAACAGCUCCUUUGAGGGAAGAUGGUGGGCCACAGGGUCCUGUUGUCUUUCAGCAAGCCUGAGCCUUGGUAGCUGAUAGCUUUCAUUCUCCUCCCAGUGGAAACUUGAGACCCUCUUCUGGAAGUUGGCCCCAUAGUGAUAGGGAAGUACCUGCAGUGACCCUGCCCCCAGGUGUGGCCAGGCCUGACAGCUCCAGAGAUGGUACCGGGUGCUGCGGAAUCUGCACUGACCACCUUGCAGACGAGGCCAGGCCUGACCUCGCCGGCUUUUUCCUGUACCACUGUGUGGCAGGUCUCUGGUGCCUCAAGUGCGGCUUCUGUCCUCCUGGCCCGGCCUGGGCCACACUCUGCUUUCACCCACCUUUUUGUAUCAAGUGUCGCUACACUCCAUUUGCUGAGGAGCCUUUUGGGCCUUCUCUUGCCCUUCUCCUGGCCCUGCUCUGUCAGUCUGUAGCUGGGGGCGUUCUUACUGUGAAUCCAGUGUUCACACUUACCAUGAUUUCCUUGGCACCAAUCAUGUAUUUCACCAUUUGCACUUUUUGUAUUUCAAUAAAAAUGGAAGUGGAAAAUGUC